AUGGCAUGUCAGGUCUGGUUCAUCACUGGCACUUCGACCGGUUUUGGUCGCACCAUGGCCGAACACGUGUUGAAGAACGGCAACAUCGUCAUCGCGACCCUUCAAAAACCGAAUAUGCUCGCUGAUCUAACACGCCAAUACGACAAGACCCGUCUCCUGGUCUUGAAGCUGGACGUCGCAGUGUCUUCCGACAUCCUUCCCGCAUUCCAGAAAGCGAUCGACGCAUUCGGUCGUAUUGACGUAGUGUUCAACAACCCUGGCUCUACACUCCUCGGUUCGAGUGAAAAUACGCCCGAGGGUGCCGCAAGGAAGAUCUUCGAGACGAAUUACUGGGCCGCGGUCAACGUCAGCCGGGAAGCAAUCCGCGUUUUCAGAGAUGUGAAUCCUCCCGGCGCUGGCGGACGCUUGUUGCAGAAGUUGUCUGUAGCUGGACUUGGCCCCCUGGUUCUCUUCGGACAUUAUACGGCUUCAAAACACGCCCUAGAGGGUUUCACAAAGAUGCUGGCGAUGGAACUCGAACCGUAUUGGAAUAUCAAGAUCACCUUGAUCGAACCUGAUUUCUUCCAAACCCAAAUCAUCCAACAGGCAAAUGUUUUUCCUGUUUAUCAAAACUACAACAACGAAACCACAGCUAUCUUUCGCAGUGCAUUAGCGAUCGGGGAGUGUCCCGACGACGCUGAUGAAGAGGUCGCGACUAUAUAUGAGGUUGCCCACCUGCCGAAUCCGCCACUCCAUUUUUCACUAGGGCUAGAUGUUGUCCAAGUUAUGAGGACAGUUGGCGCACUUUUGGACUGUGAUGGAUAG